AUGGAAUCUUUCCAAGAGUCUAAGAAAAAUUCGGCUGACAUAGUAGAAGAAUAUCGAAAAAUGUUCGCCGACAUACAAAAGACUCCAACAUCAGAUGAAAAUAUUCAGCAUAGAAUGGAAGUACUGAAAGAAAAUGUACGCAAAUACAACAAUCCUUUUUACUUACGACCAUAUAACGUUCAAUCUUUGGCUGAACUCGGUGAAAAUAAAAGGUUAAAUUUCAACAAAACAUAUAGAAAUGAAACAUUGUUUAAAGUUCAUUCAGAACCUAACCAAUAUGGAAACAAACCUACUUUUGUUUCUGCAGACUAUGGAACUACAAUGAGAUGGGGUCAUAAAGCUAAUCCGGAUAGGUGGUUCAUAAACUUACAACCACAAUUCCAAGAAGUUGUAGACGCAAUGGAAGUGAAUGGUGAACCAGAUAUAGCUGGUAUUUUCAGCGCGGCUUUAAUGCCAUUGAAAGAUAUGAAACAUGCAGAUAUUUUGGACCAGUAUGAAAUGAACAUGGCUGAUGGAAAUAUAACACCUGACGUUCUAGAACAUUUAUCUCAAAGAACUACACAGAACCAUAAAGAUGGUAUAUUUGGUGAAGAGUUUAGAAAGAAAGUUAGGGAGGGAGAAGGAAGAGAACCUAUUGUACAUGACCUUGCAAACGAAAGUUUACAAAAUGUCAUAAAAACUUACUUUGCAGACAAUGAACUGAGAAGGGAUGAAUAUUUAAGAAAACUCAAAUGGACAGUACCAAAUGAAAUGUUAGUAUUGAAAAACAUGUUCCUUGACAAAAUAAAACCAACUACAGAAAUAAAUGACGCAAGACUGAAACAUUGGGUAAAAGCUUUCCCAUUCACAAAAGAUAUUAUUG